ACCGGAUACAAACGCUGAGAACAGGAAAAGACGGAAGCCGAGUUGGGUCUUAAAAACGCUUUGAGAAAUGGCGGCUGCUGAAGACACAAACAGUACACAAAACCCCAGUGGUUCAGAUGCUCCUAAGCUGUCGGAUUUAUUGGAUCGAGGCUGGAAGCUGUAUGAUGAGGUGGACACCACGAACGAGUCGAGCAGCUCCACCGCGGUGCAGGUGAAAGUGAAGCGCGCCAUCGGGCAACUGGAGGAGGCGACGAGGAUGGUCAAUCAGCUGAACCUGUUCAGUCAUAAUGAGGCCCUGGAGGAGAUCUCUACAACCGACCUGAAGUAUCUUCUGUUGCCGGCUCUACUGGGAGCGCUCACCAUGAAACAAGUGAACCCCAGCAAGCGGCUGGAUCAUGUGCAGGCAGCCCACGUCUACUUCAGGGACUUCCUCCAGAGGUGCAAGGACUAUGACGUAUGUAGCUUUCAGCUGCCCAGAGCCAGUGAGAACACAACAGAUACUCCUACUGAGGAGUGCACAAAUCCAUCAGUGCCAUUGCCAAUGUCACAGCCAGACCUUAUCGCCAUGGCAACACAAAGACAGGCCAAAAUCGAGAGGUUUAAUCAGCGUAAGGAGACAGAAGCCAAGCUGAGUGAGAUCAGGGGAGUAGUUGAAUCGGGUUCAGCCGAUGAAGAGGUGGUGAGAGAUUUUUACCUGCUGCACGUGCGCAGGUGGGUGACACUAGCCCUCGAGGAGAUCGACUCCAUCAACCAGGAGAUCGAGAUCCUCAAACGGAUGGAGCUUUUCAAGCAGAGCAACCCCCAGCCAUCCCCACCCAAAAGACCGCCCAUGAAGCCUUUUAUCCUGACUAAGGAUGCUAUGCAGGCGAAAGUGUUUGGUGAGGGAUAUCCCAGUCUUCCCACCAUGACAGUGGAUGAAUGGUAUGACCAACACCGACGGCAAGGAUGUUUACCUGACCAGGGCAUACCACGCAGGGCAGCAGAUGGCGAGGCAGAUGAGGAUGAGAGAGCUGAAAGAGAGAGGAAGGAAGAGAACGAUGACGAAGAGGCACUGCAGAAGGCACGUGACUGGGACAACUGGAAGGACACUCACCGGAGAGGAUAUGGCAACCGCAAGAACAUGGGCUGAUUUAAUCUCACGCACGCACACAGACACACACACACACACACACGCAUCCUUUCGGUUCCCACAAAUAAACAUCCCAAUGCUGCCAAUGUGACAUGGACACACAACAGAGAGUGGCGCGGUAGUGGUUCGUUCAUUUGGUUACUUUUUUUUCUAAACCGAUUUAGCAUAGCUGACAUUCUUUUAAAUGUCUUUAAAGAAAUCUUAAAUGAGACCUUAAGCCCCUGGGCAUCUGUAGAGAUGGAAGUUUGGGCGUCCUUGCAUCGCUCCACAUCACUCUUUCCCACACGAUUAAAUGUUUGCCUUUUCAUGGAUGUUGUUUUGAGUGCAAGAUUUCUACAGAAGUGUUCCCUGUACAUGUUAGCUUUUAAAGUCAAAAUCGGUCGACUCCGAAAGAUGUCUUCACCCACGUAAUUACACCUUAUGUGCUGUUUGAUUCGGAGUCGGUUAAGACUGCAUGUUCUUUAACCAUUUGCAGAUAUUGCUAGGCCUCGUUGUCUGGUUCAGAUGAGCUACUUCAGCGAAGAAGUUUCCACAAGAGCAAUUAGAACCAGUGUCAGCACUUGCAUGGAUCUGUGACACUGUUUAAUAUGUGGAUCAGAAUUGCUGAAGAAACUGUGGGACAUUGGAACAAAUUGUUUAGACUGCCUUUUUAUUCUGACAUUUAUUUAUUGCUGUAUCAGGCAAUUUUGCUUUUCUUUAGGAAAAAUCUUUGUACGGUCGACCUCCUGUUCUUGAGUAAACAUAAAGAAAAAUCAUCUGUUAA